ACAAACUGCAUUACACAUAAAGAAGAAGAGCUCUUUAGCCAAUAGUACGCCGUUUCCAGUGUAUCCUGUCUCUGAUUGGUUGAUAUUUUCAUUGUUUUGCCGGAAGUGAGGUCUGGUGAGACUGUGGUGAUGGCGGAGGUCAGCGGCUGUGUGAGGAGUGGCGUUCACAAACUCUGCGGUAUUAAAACACUGCGGUCGCAUUACUAUCAUCCUCCCGCGCCACCGGGAACACGCGCGCACAGCAGCCGCAGCACAGCCGCUGACUCGGACUCCUCCGCGCCGCUCCACCGCAGCCGCACCGCGUACUACGACAUCCUGAAGGUUUCCCCGAACGCCACGCAAGCGCAGAUCAAGAGCGCCUAUUACGAGCAGUCGUUCGUGCAUCACCCGGACCGGAACCUCGGGCGCAGCGAGGAGGCGGCGCGGAGCUUCGCGCUGGUCGCGGAGGCCUACAGUGUGCUCGGCAGCAGCGGCCUCCGGAGGCGUUACGACCGCGGCACACUCGAGCAGAGCGACGUGCAGAGCGCCGGGAGACCGGGCUCCUCGGACGCGUCCAGACAGCGGCCUCGACGCGCCGCCAACGCGCACUUCGACUUCGACGCGUUCUAUCAGGCGCAUUACGGCGAGCAGCUGCAGAGAGAGAGGGAGACGCGACGCCGGGAAGAGCUCCGCCGGAAGCUGCAGCAGGACAACUUCCGGAAGUGGAAACAGGCGAAAGUGACGGAAGUGACGGUGACGUUCCUGCUGAUCUGUGGAGCUGCUGUUCUCAUCAGCCUGAGGUCCUCCUGAGGGAGGGUGUGUGUG